UAAUAAAAAAACACUUCCGGGUUAGAAGCAGCCAACAAAUUUGAAAAAUAACGUGAUACAGUAGUGUAUUCUGUAUUUACUAGAUGAAAAACUAACACUGGCACGUACGAUAAAUGGUUUAAAAGUUUGAAAUAAAUUGUUUCGCGAUGACAGACGAAAAAAAACCUUCUAGUUAACAAUGCUACCUGUCACUUUCCUUAACUUUUUUUCCUCAACUCCUUUCACGAACUUUUUAAAUGUGUUUAUGUCAACAUAGGUGCAUGUGUAGGCACGCAACCGGUCGGAUUAUGUUUUCCUGACGGAGCCAUCGUUUUGACAGAUUUGGCGUUUUAUCAACUCGUUGCUAAUGUUCAACCACGUUUUAAAAAACGUCCUGCCCAGGUAUGCAUUCCGAUGUACACCCAAUGUUUGGCAACAUUCAAGAGGACGCUGCGAUCCAUCAGACAAUUUGGAUUAUGCCAGGACUUUGUUGGAUAUCUUUGUGGACAGACACUUUAUCUCACCUGGACACAGAAACGUGGAGCUGUUUAAGCGUGGGACAAUUUGCAGCUACGGGCCACUGGGCACCGAGCUCAGGGACAAUGUGCUGCACCAGUGGUGGCGUUCGAUGUCUGGAUCCAAAGAUCAGGUGUUCGGGAUAAACACGCCGAGCAGCAGCGGCAGUCAGGAUGCAACUGGGGGACGAUGGGGACACCUCAGGGUCGCAGAACCUGAUGACCUCCAGAAAAUACUGAAGGAGACAGAGCUGAGUAGAGAGCAGCUCGUCCAGAAUCUCCACAUGCUUCUGCAGACAUCACCUUUGCUGAGAACCAGCCUUUUUCACGGAUCUUUGGAGCAGUUCGUCCCCAUAUUUGAAUUGGUGAACAGGAAGCUCCCAUUUGGCAUCGCUGAGACUGGUAGAUGUUUCCAGCCCUCAAAAGAAGGCGAUGGCUGCCCAGCAGAAGUCACAGAGGCAUCUCUUGUCUGGUUCUGCUCCCCUCGAACCUCUUCGCAAUGGAUGGACCACUGGGCUCGACAGAGGCUCAAGUGGUGGAGAAAGUUCGCCCUCGCUCCGUCAGACUUCAGCAGCAGUGACGUCCCUCAGGGUGAACUAGAGGGGGCGGCGUCGCGCGGUGUGAAGAUCUUCUACAGGUUCCCUUGGGGUCAAGAGCCCCUGGAAGUUCUGUGGAGCCGAGGAGACGGUGAACUGCUGCAGAUGCACAAAGGAAUCCGCUCCAAACUCCAGAGUCGAGAUGGGCGCAAGUCUAUCCCGCACAUAGUUUCAACUACGGGGAACAUCGAUCGUGGUUUGUUGGCCUUUUUGUACAACUCGCUGCAGCUGCACAAGAGAGAAGACACCAAACAGAAGCUACAGCAGAGAAAGGUUCUGAAAUUGCAUCCAUUGUUGGCCCCAGUCAAAGUGGCUUUAGGUAUCGGCAGAGGAGCCACCAUGGAGCUGAGGCAGGUUUGUGAUGGCCUGCUGCAGGAUUUAAAAGAGGCCAAAAUCUCUGCUUGGCCCGGAUAUCUUGAAUCAUCAUCCAUGCCAAUGGAACAGCUGAACUCCAAGUAUGACGAGAUGGGUGUGCUUUUUACUGCGGUGAUCAGUGAGAGCACGCUGGAGAGCGGUCUCCUGCAGCUGCGCAGCAGAGACACCACUAUCAAGGAGACCAUGCACAUCUCGGAACUGACCAACUUCCUCUGCAGAUAUAUUUCUGCUGCAGGCAACAUGUAAAUUAUUAUUUGUGUACUAAUUGGAUGUCCUCUCGGUCCCUCAGUUUUGUAUUGCUGUAGGUACAAAACCAUUGCCAAGGACUUUUUUUUUUUUUUUUUUGGAUACAGUAUUACAUACAGUAAAAAUGCUAAUAAAUGGACUACGUUGGCAACAUCAAGGAGGUUUUUGAACACAUUUUGUCAUUCAAGCCAUUCAGAAUGUACAUUGACACCACAGUAUUUACAAUUCUUUCCCAGAUUUGACACAGGCUGUUUACGUCGGUCAGGGCAGAUGCGGUUUUGAAGGUUACAAGGCAUGUGAUGAACUGGUUUGCACAAGACACUAGUACAGUCAUUGCAGUUUUUACUGUUUUGUAUCAGUGUUUUCAUAUGCUGUCUUAGAUGUGUUUAACAUACAAAUGUAGUCUUUACU